AUGUCUCUUCUCAAGGGCGCUCUUGAUUAUGAAAGCUUUAAAGAUGUGGACAUGGUCAUAGAGGCUGUGAUUGAAAAUGUUUCUUUGAAGCAACAAAUUUUUUCUGAUCUAGAAAAAUAUUGCCCACCUCAUUGCAUUCUUGCCAGUAACACUUCCACAAUCGACUUGAACUUGAUUGGAAAAAGGACCAAGUCGCAAGAUAGGAUUGUUGGAGCCCAUUUCUUUAGUCCAGCUCAUGUUAUGCCUCUUUUGGAAAUUGUUCGUACCAAGCAGACAUCUCCUCAAGUAAUUGUGGAUUUGCUAGAUGUUGGGAAGAAAAUAAGGAAGACUCCAGUUCUGGUUGGAAAUUGCACAGGCUUUGCUGUCAACAGGAUGUUCUUUCCUUACACCCAAGCUGCUCUUUUACUUGUUGAACAUGGUGCAGAUAUUUAUCAGAUUGAUAGGGUGAUCACCAAGUUUGGAAUGCCAAUGGGCCCAUUCAGGUUGGUUGACCUGGUUGGGUUUGGCGUCGCAAUUGCAACUGGCAUGCAAUUUGUUGAGAAUUUCCCUGAGCGAACCUAUAAAUCUAUGCUUAUCCCAUUAAUGCAAGAGGAUAAGAGAUCGGGGGAAACUACUCGAAAAGGAUUCUAUUUGUAUGAUGAUAGGCGCAAAGCUAAGCCAGAUCCUGAAUUGAGGAAAUACAUUGAGAAAGCAAGAAGCAUUUCUGGUGUUGCCAUUGACCCCAAGCUUGCGAAAUUAGCAGAAAAGGACAUUGUGGAGAUGAUAUUCUUCCCAGUAGUGAAUGAGGCCUGCCGAGUCUUUGCAGAAGGCAUUGUAGUCAAAGCUGCAGACCUUGACAUUGCGUCUCUUAUGGGAAUGGGUUUUCCACCUUACAGGGGUGGCAUUCUGUUCUGGGCUGAUUCUCUUGGAUCCAAAUACAUUUAUUCAAGAUUGGAGGAAUGGUCAAAGACGUAUGGAGAAUUCUUUAAGCCUUGUGCCUUCUUGGCUGAACGAGCUGCCAAGGGUGCUCCUCUGAGUUCUCCGGUGGACCAAGCAAAGUCUCGGCUGUAA